AUGAGUGAAUAUGAAAUCGAGAGCAUUUUCGACCAUGAAGUUAAAAAAUCGAAAUUAUAUUAUCUCGUUAAAUGGAAAGGAUAUUCAAAAGAUCAGUCUUCUUGGAUCUAUGAAGAAGAUUUGUACGCAGAUGAACUUGUACAACAAUAUUGGACAAAGCUUCAAAGUUCAAAAAGUAGCAACAAAAGCAAUGAUAUGAGUGGUAGAAUUACUAGAAGUAGAAAUAAACAUAAUAAGAAUCAUAGUUCUGGUCUGCCCAGUUCUAAUAGUGCAUCAACUAUGAUAGAUGCUAGUUCAAAAGAUGUUAAAACAAAAAAAAAUAUAGAGGGAGCCACAGUCGUAAAAGAAUCAAGACAUCAAAAACCAAACAAAAUUAAAGUCACAUUAGAUAAAGAUAUUGAUAUUGAUAUUGUGAUGGUAGAUGAUGACGAUUGGGAGAAUAAAGUUUCAUCAGUUGAAUCUAUCAUUCGCGACGAUGAAACAGAAGAAUUGUCUGUAUUUCUUAGAUGGAAAAAUGGAAAAGUUUCAAAGCAUUCAACUAAAGAAGUAAAUGCCAAAUGUCCUCAAAAGGUAGUUUUAAUAGUUUAG